AUGACGGAGUGGACCCUGCUCAAACGUCUCCUGGAUGCUGUCCACCAGCACUCCACCAUGAUUGGUCGUUUAUGGCUCACCGUUAUGGUCAUCUUCAGGCUGCUCAUUGUGGCUGUGGCAACUGAGGACGUGUACACCGACGAGCAGGAGAUGUUUGUGUGCAACACCAUUCAGCCAGGAUGCUCCACUGUCUGCUAUGACGCGUUUGCGCCCAUCUCGCAACCUCGUUUCUGGGUGUUUCACAUUAUCAGCGUCUCUACGCCAUCCCUCUGCUUCAUCAUCUACACAUGGCACAACCUGUCCAAGCGGCCCCACAACACCACCCAAAGCGGACUGGAGGCAUAUGAUCGGAGCUGUGACUCAGAUAGCUGCUCCGUUCGCUCCCAUAAGCAUUUAGGACACAGCCUGGCAGAUGUGCUGGAGGGAAUACCCACAGAAGGGAACGCAGAGGGUCAUGUGGUCCCUGGAGGGGUUCUCUCCAAAUGUUACAUCUUCCAUGUGUGUUUACGUGCUAUUCUGGAGGUGGGCUUUGUCCUGGCCCAGUGGAAGCUGUUUGGCUUCCAGGUGCCUGUCCAUUUCCUCUGCACCUCAGCCCCCUGCAGCCAGCCGGUGGACUGCUAUGUCUCUAGACCCACAGAGAAGACCAUCUUCUUGUGCUUCAUGUUUUGUGUAGGAGUUUUUUGUAUCCUUCUCAACCUGCUGGAGCUCAACCACCUGGGCUGGAAGAAGAUCCGCCAGGUGUUAAAGAUGAGGGAGAGGACAACCUGGGGAGGUUGCCAAGGUAUGAGGGGGGGAUAUGAAACCUUUCCCCCUGACAGUCCCUCUCUCACAUCCUCUUUAGGCUUCAGAGAUGUGACCAGCACCACCUCUCUCCCCGCGUUAGACCUGGUGGUGGGACACCAGCCGGACUGGACUUGUGCUGUGAACUGUAGCAGUAUAAGGGAGCCUGAAGAGGUCAGAGAGACUAAAUUGGAGCAGCCAAAGAGACAAGACUCCCAUAAAGGAGAGAGGCAGCCUCUGAAGAGUAUAAGGGAGAGCAGGGGGUCCAAGCAAAGGAGUGCUCAGGUCUGGAUAUAG